GUCACAUUUAUUGCUCGAUUCCAAUUGGAAACGAAAGUGAGUUUGCGUCGCGGAAGUUGCAAAAAAGAGAAGAAUUAUUUUUAGGUAAUAUUUUAAAGUACAACCGCGAUUAGACGAGCUCCCAGAACAGGUGUUCAUAGAUAUACUGAUUUGCGGUAAAAUCAGCAAGAGUGAUAUAAAGAAAAACCAAUAACUGUGCCAACACACAAGCAAAUUCUUUUGCAUUUGCUGCCCACCGCUUUCAUCGCGAGUUUCGUUUCACUGUGUGAGUGAGAAGCGUGUGCAAAUAAGUUUUGCCGCGUUGUCUGCUACGAAUUUAGAAACCAAAAGAGAGAAAAGAGAUAGAGGAGGCAAGAGAGGAUCGGGUGAAUGUCGCUGAAACACCAGAAGCAGUCCUACCAACCGCUCCCGACGGCGGCCGCCAUGGACAACCCGGCGAUGAUCGAAAGUAGCGGGAGCAGCGGGGGCAGCAACUCCUCGGAGGAGGGCGGCAGUCGGGAGGAUGUUGCCAACCUGUCGCCACACGGAUUGCCUGCGACUUACUCGUCACAACAGCUGAUGCCCUCGGAUUCGGACAGUAUGGAGGAGCGUCAACGCCUGCGUCCCCAUCACCACCACCACCACCCACUGGGCGAUUUAGGGGGCAUCCCUCCCUCGGCGGCCGUACCUUCGCGCCUUGCCUCCGUGGUAAGGUCCCAUUGGUUCACCGUCCCAGUUCUCUGCUUCGUCAACCUCAUCAACUACAUGGACCGCUUCACGAUCGCCGGAGUUUUAACUGAUGUGCGUCAGGACUUUGAUAUUGGAAAUGACAGUGCUGGACUCUUGCAGACCGUAUUCGUUAUCUCGUAUAUGAUUUGCGCACCGAUCUUCGGAUAUCUGGGUGAUCGCUACUCCCGACCGCGGAUAAUGGCGGUGGGCGUGGCCCUGUGGAGCACCACCACGCUGUUGGGAUCGUACAUGCAGGAUUUCGGCUGGUUCAUGACCUUCCGGGCACUGGUGGGAAUCGGAGAGGCCUCCUACAGCACGAUUGCACCGACGAUCAUCUCGGACCUCUUCGUCCAUGACAUGCGCUCCAAAAUGCUGGCCCUGUUCUACUUUGCCAUUCCCGUGGGAUCCGGUCUGGGAUACAUUGUGGGAUCCAAGACAGCUCACCUGGCCAACAACUGGCGCUGGGCUCUGAGGGUUACACCCAUUCUGGGCAUUGUGGCCGUGCUCCUGAUCAUGCUCAUGAGGGACCCAGAGCGGGGUCACAGCGAGGGAUCGCACAACCUGGAGGCCACCACCUAUAAGCAGGAUAUCAAGGCCCUGCUCAAGAACCGCUCCUUCAUGCUCUCCACAGCGGGAUUCACGUGCGUGGCCUUCGUCGCCGGAGCUCUGGCCUGGUGGGGACCCUCCUUCAUCUAUCUAGGCAUGAAGAUGCAGCCCGGCAACGAGAACAUCGUCCAGGACGACAUCUCGUACAAGUUCGGCCUGGUGGCCAUGCUGGCGGGUCUCAUCGGAGUUCCCCUGGGCUCUCUGCUCGCCCAGCGAUUGAGGGUCCACUAUGAGAACUGCGAUCCGUACAUCUGUGCGGUGGGACUCUUCAUCUCGGCUCCGAUGGUAUUUGCUGCUCUGGUUGUGCCGCAAACGAGCGAAACCCUUUGCUAUUUGUUCGUGUUCGCGGCCCAGGUGGCACUAAACCUGUGCUGGUCGAUUGUGGCUGAUAUCCUGCUGUAUGUGGUGAUUCCCACAAGGCGAUCCACAGCCGAGGCCUUCCAGAUUCUUAUUUCACAUGCGUUGGGAGAUGCCGGCAGUCCUUAUUUGGUGGGAGCUAUUUCAGAGGCCAUUAUGGAGCACCUGCACAAGAACCCCGGCGACUCCGGCCUGACCACCGAAAUGCAGAGCCUGUCCCAAAUUGCGGAAACUCAGAUCUCCAAUGUCACCCAGGCGGUUACAGAAAUCGCCGCCACUACGAUCGCCGCUGUGCGUUCAUCGGGUCCAAUUUCCGAGAAGUACACUGAUGUGGAACUGUUCGAAGGCUUGCAGUACGCCCUCUUUUCCACUAGCUUUGUGGAGGUGUUGGGCGGCAUCUUCUUCAUAUUCACCGCAUUCUUCAUCAUCAAGGACAAAAUAAGUGCCGCGCGAGGACAAGGCGACCAGGGAGCGCGAGCGGUGCGAUUGUCAGCUGCCGCGGUCAGCAGGCCAAAGGACGUUGAGUCCUUUAAUUCAGACUGUUUGGUCCUGUGCACUGACAUCGCCCUGCGCGAACGCACGUGAUAACACGAAUAUCAAAUCUGAACGGGUGCCCAGCACCGAAUGAUUAUUUAUUUUGGCACCAGUUCCCGAUUCCUCGGCUCAAGAACAGCAGCGGGAUCAACGCGCCUAAUACCAACCGAUCAUGGAGGUUUUGCUGCGCACUCAGAGCUCCGAUGGCAUGCCGGGUGAACUGAUACUGACUGAAAACCAUCUUUAAUUUAAUUUAUGCUCACUCGCACCACGCACAUCCCGCAUCGUAUCGAACUGUAAGCUUACGGGGACCCGUGUUUAAGUUCCUAUUAGAAAGGAUCGCAAGGAAGGAUGGAUGGACCACCACACCAACGUUCAAGCUCACUACACCACUAAUUUGUGUAUAUUUAUACAAACACUCACUCAACACACAGGCACUCACCAAGUCAUAACGUUGUACAGAUCAUUUUACUUGUAAACGUAGUCGUAGAUAGGUCUAGCUCUGGUAUUUUAGGCUAACUCAAAAUUAGACAGAGCUUCGAGCAGUUUCGCUUUCGAACGAGUGCUUCCUCAGAUCGUAUAUAUUGUAUAUACUGUGUCUCAGGCAUCGAAUGCGAAAUGCCGGCAGUUUGGAUAUUUAUAUAAAUGUUCGUAUUUUAUGCAUCAAAUGUAAAUAUACAUAGAUAAGCAACGGGCCAUUGUAUAAGUGAAUAGUUUAUUUAACCAAUUUAAUCAUAACGUCCUAGGUUUACUCUGAACAUAAUUUUAAUCAUAGCCUUAGUUAAUUGAGUAACGAAUUGGAAGAAACGUGUGCACCCUCAUAAAUUACUGAAUAUUAUUUUAAACCAAAAUGGCAUUAAUCAA